AUGGCGCCUUCCAUUAAUACGAUACUAAUAGCUAUGCUGGCCACUUUCCGCUCGCAGACAUCCUUGAAGCCCCUAGGCGGUUUGCUCCUACUUCUCCUCUCCACGAGUAGAACUAUCACUACCACGAGCAGCAGCGACAAGGAGAGAGUUUCCUCCUCAGUAAGAGUAAAGCACAUGUCUUCUUCUUUAAAAAGUGUUGUGGUUCCGACAAUCGCAAAUGAGGGUCCCCAUGUCGAUGGAGGAGUGAAGGAAGAGAUCGAAUUGUUAAAUGCAUCAGAGGAUUGGUAUGGUGGAGUGACUGUGGUAGUGAGUGAGCCUAUGGAAGUUGCGGAUUUCGUGCCACGACUGAGACAUUCCAUCUCAAAAUGGAAGGAACAGGGAAAGAGGGGACUUUGGAUGAAGUUGCCGAUUAACCAGUCUCAUCUGGUGGAUCCUGUAGUUAAGGAAGGGUUUAGGUUUCACCAUGCUGAAUCAGAUUAUGUGAUGCUCGUGUGUUGGCUUCCUGAAGAUGAACCUGAUACACUCCCAGUCAAUGCCACUCACAGGGUUGGUAUUGGGGCACUCGUGCUCAAUGAAAACAAAGAGGUAUUGGUAGUCAUGGAGAAGAAUGGUGGUUUCAAAGGCACAGGGUAUUGGAAGCUGCCAACUGGUGUAGUUGAUGAGGGUGAAGACAUCUCUGCAGCUGCUGCAAGAGAAGUGAAAGAAGAAACGGGAAUUGACGCUGAGUUUGUCGAAAUUUUAGCAUUCCGGCAAAGUCACAAGUCGUUCUUCAGCAAAUCAGACCUGUUUUUUGUCUGUAUGAUGAGGCCACUUACUUCGAAUAUCACUGCCCAGGAAUCGGAGAUUGCGGCAUCUAAGUGGAUGCCAAUCAAUGAGUAUGUUGAACAGCCCUACAAUACGCAGCAUGGACAGUUUAGGUAUGUUGCGGAGAUCUGCAAAGCUAGAGCAGAAGGGGAGUACGUUGGGUUUUCUCCGUUUCCAGUCUCAUCCGCUUCUGGCAAGGACGUUUACCUGUACUACAACAAGCAGGAGGGUAGCAGAUUGUAG